GUUGGUUUAGCCCCUUUCAUUGACAUUAUAUCGUUGCCAGCAUCUCAGUCAAGAUGGCUAGCAACGCCGGGCCACCGGCAGCACCGCCCCAGUUCAUGCCAACGCAACUGAACGCCUUGUUUGGCCAGUUACUAGCCCAGAACCUCAAUUGCGUUGUACAGACAAUGCGUCGCGUUAUCCACCGACAACUAAGCUUACUAAGGCGGAGGACCACCUGACAUGGAGGAGCAAGUUGAUUGUCAGCGGAACAGGCGGACAUUCCAAUGACAAUUGUAUUCGGCUAAGCUACAGUCUAGGC